AUGCAUAAAGUUUUUUCCAUGAAAGAGUUGGGUUUUCUGAAUUAUUUCUUGGGCAUCUCUGUUCACACUUCUGCUGCUGGUUUCUUUUUGCAUCAAUCUAAGUAUGCCACUGAGAUCUUAGCCAAAGCUGGGAUGUCCCACUGCAAGCCCUAUGCCUCUCCCAUGGCUACUAAAUCCUCCAGCUUCCCCGACUCUGAUCUUCCUUUUGCUCAGCCUGCUUUGUAUCGCAGUAUUGUUGGGGCUCUUCAAUAUCUGACCAUUACUCGCCCCGACAUUGCUUUUGCUGUCAACUCUGCCUGUCAACAUAUGCACGCUCCUUUGGUUAGUCAUUUUCAUGCUGUCAAACGCUUAUUGCGUUAUUUAAAGGGAACUCUUGAUAAGGGACUUCAGUUUCAGCCAGGCCCUCUUGUUCUCACUGCCUAUUCGGAUUCCGACUGGGCUGGGAAUGCCAUUGACCGCAGGUCCACUACUGGAUUUUGUAUUUUUCUGGGUCCCAACUUGGUUUCUUGGUCUGCGAAAAAACAACCUACUGUUUCUCGCUCCUCCACUGAAGCUGAAUAUCACGCUCUUGCUCAGACUUCGGCCGAGCUUAGCUGGCUUGGCAUGCUUCUUCGGGAUCUUCACAUUCCUCUUGCCCCACCUACUCUAUGGUGUGACAAUCUCUCUGCCAUUGCCCUGUCUAGUAAUCCGGUUUUUCAUGCUCGGUCUAAACAUAUUGAAGUGGACUAUCAUUUUGUCCGUGAGCGUGUUGCUUCCAAACAGUGGCUUAUCAAACAUCUUGCUACUACUGACCAGAUUGCUGAUAUCCUCACCAAACCCCUUUCAGUUUCUCGGUUUCACUUUCUUCAACACAAACUUCUGGCUCAUUCUUCUCCUAUCAGCUUGACAGGGAAUGUUAAGCAACCUCAGUUGCAAACUUCAACUUCAAUACUGCAGAAGCAGCUGCACCAGCAUGACCAAACCAACUCCACCUCAUCUGAAGUCAGCUAG